CCCAGGGCGCAGAGGCAGGAGGACCCAGUCUACCCGGAGCAGGAUGCCAGUAAUGAGAGGGCUACUGGCCCCGCAAAACACCUUCCUGGACACCAUAGCCACCCGCUUCGAUGGCACCCACAGCAACUUUGUUCUGGGAAACGCCCAGGUGCAGUCACUCUACCCCAUCGUUUACUGCUCUGAUGGUUUCUGUGAGCUCACUGGUUACGCCCGUGCCGAACUCAUGCAGAAGAGCUGCGCGUGUCACUUCCUGUACGGCCCAGAAACGAGUGACCGGUCUACGGCCCAGAUCCAAGGAGCCCUGGAUGAAAGGAGGGAGUUCAAGACUGAGCUGGUCUUCUACAAGAAGGAAGGUACAAAGUUCUGGUGUCUUCUGGACAUUGUACCGAUUAAGAAUGAAAAGGGCGAGGUGGUUCUUUUUCUCGUGUCCCACAAAGACAUCACUGACAAGAAGAAGGAGCAGGACCCUGAGCAAGGACCUGAAACUGAUGAAGAGACGGGUCUGGAGGUGCAUCAGGUAACUCGCCCUCCGGGCUUCAACGCCAAUCGGCGCCGCAGCAGAGCUGUGCUCUAUCACCUGUCAGGACACCUGCAGAAACAAGACAAGAGCAAGCUCAAGAUCAACAAUAACAUGUUUGGGGAGAAGCCUCCAAUCCCGGAAUACAAAGUAGCAGCCAUUCAGAAAUCUCGCUUCAUCCUGCUCCACUAUGGAACCUUCAAGGCCGGCUGGGAUUGGUUAAUUCUGCUGGCGACUUUCUACGUGGCCGUCACUGUGCCCUAUAACGUGUGUUUCACAGUCGGGGGAGGGCGGGAUGAAGGCAGCGCCUCACGCAGCCCGCCCAGCGUCAGCGACAUCCUCGUUGAGAUCCUCUUCAUUUUAGACAUAGUGCUGAACUUUCGAACUACAUUUGUGAGCACGUCGGGUCAGGUCGUCUACGACGCCCGCUCCAUCUGCGUUCACUACGUCACCACCUGGCUCUUUGUUGAUCUCAUUGCCGCCCUGCCUUUUGACCUGCUGUAUGCUUUCAAUGUCAGCGUGUACUUUGGCGUCCACCUGUUGAAGACAGUCCGGCUUCUUCGGUUACUGCGGCUGCUGCAGAAGCUGGAGCGCUACUCACAGUACAGUGCUGUGGUCUUGACUCUGCUGAUGUCCAUGUUCGCCCUGCUGGCCCACUGGAUGGCGUGUGUCUGGUACUUCAUAGGUCGAAGGGAGAUUGAGAGCCAAGGAUCAUCAGACAUAGGUUGGCUCCAUGAGCUGGCCAAACGUCUGGGUACCCCGUAUUUCCCCGCUGCCCUGACAACGCUGUUCCCCACCACGGUCAGCAGCAUUCCAGCCGACAGCAGUCAGUGGAACAUGUCUGGGUCAGAGGUCGCAGGGCAAGGAACCUGGAAUUCUAGCCAGUAUUACGGGAAUGUUUCAGGAAGCGAGACUGCAUCUGGGACAGCUGGUGGGAGUGGGAGUUUCAGUGUGCUGGACGGCGGUCCAUCAAUGCGCAGCAGCUAUGUGACCUCCCUCUACUUUGCUCUGAGCAGUCUGACCAGUGUGGGGUUUGGAAAUGUGUCAGCCAACACAGACUCAGAGAAGAUCUUCUCCAUCUGCACCAUGCUCAUAGGAGCACUGAUGCAUGCAGUUGUGUUUGGCAACGUAACGGCCAUCAUCCAGAGGAUGUACUCGCGCCGCUCGCUUUACCACACCCGCACCAAGGACCUGAAGGACUUCAUCAGAGUCCAUCGGUUGCCCAAAGCUUUGGAGCAGCGCAUGCUGGAGUGUUUCCAAACUAUGUGGUCGGUCAACAACGGGAUCGACGUUAGUGAGCUUCUGAAGGACUUCCCAGAUGAGCUGAGGGCUGAUAUCGCCAUGCACCUGAACAAGGAGCUGCUCCAGCUGCCUCUGUUUGAGUCAGCCAGCAGGGGCUGCCUGCGUUCCCUCUCCCUCAUCAUCAAGACCUCCUUCUGCGCUCCAGGGGAGUUCCUCAUCCGGCAGGGAGACGCCUUGCAGGCCAUCUAUUUCGUCUGCUCAGGUUCCAUGGAGGUCCUGAAAGACAACACUGUGCUGGCUAUCCUAGGUAAAGGAGAUCUGAUUGGCUCAGACUCCCUGACGAAGGAACAAGUGAUCAAAACCAACGCUAAUGUCAAGGCCCUGACUUACUGUGACCUGCAGUAUAUCAGCCUCAAGGGUCUCCGAGAGGUUCUCCGACUUUACCCUGAGUAUGCCCAGAAGUUCAUCAGCGAGAUACAACAUGACCUGACUUACAAUCUACGAGAGGGCCACGGGGCUGAUGUGGAUUGGGAGAGCAACGGUGGCUUGGUGAAGAAGCUGCCGUCCAUCCGCGAGGAUGAGGAGGGUGAUGAGGAGCAGAGCUCCGUGUCCCGAGCUCCUCGCUCCCCGCUGCAUCUCAGCAGGGGCCUCAGCUCGCCCCUGCGCUCCCCUCUCCUGCCGCCUCGGCCUUUCCGUGCUCCCUCCGACCACUCGCGCCCUUCCACCCUGCAGAUACCAGUGGUGAGCUUCAGUGGUGCACCACCUGAACUCAGCCCCAGAUUCGUGGACGGCAUUGAAACAGAGAACAAUUCCACCACAACACAGAAGUUUGAGUUCAGCCCCAGCCUGUCGCCUGCCCCUCCGCCCUCACCGUACGCAGGGAUCCGUGAGCACUCUGAGAUCAAGCAGAGUGUGUCUAAACUGACUGAGGAGAUGAACGGUCUGUCUAAACAAGUUUCCAAGCUCAGUCAGGAGCUGCAGGAAAUGACAUGCCUGCUCAAGCCCCUCCUCCAAAUGGCACCACACCCAGUCCUGAUGACCAUGAUGCCAAAUUUAACAUCACCUCCCAGUAGUGCCAGCCAGCUGUCAUCAAGCCCUUGCCCCGGGGCGCCACCCCCUUCCACAGUUUUUUCCCACCAGAGACCUGACACUCAUUCCCUGUUAGACAGCAGAGACACAGAGAGUGCAGAUUUGCCAGGAUGCCUUCUCCCAACUCCUCACUCACCAAAAAGGCCUAAUUCAACUCCUUCAGCAUUAGCAGAGACCCCGCCCAAGCCCCCAGGGGCCAAUAGCCAGGGGUCUGCUGACUCCAACCAUCACUCGCCAGAGGAAGGAUUUCCAGAGGGGCGCGUGGACUCCCGAAGACUCCGUGCCUCCUCCAGUAACGGGAUAUUUUUCCCCUCGCUGCAGGACCAACCUCCUCUGGCCUCUCACACCCCUUCACCUUCACUCUCCUUCUCCAUGUCUCUCUCUUCCUCAUCAUCUUUUUCCCCAUGCCAAGGACCUCACCUCUCCCGACCUGGCAGUUGUGCCAGCAGAGGCCCGCUCAUCCCACCCGCCUCUCAGGACACUCACCCUCCCCUGUCCUCUCACUUUUCAGCUCCACCAUCGCUCACAUCCUCCCCUGGAAGUCAUCGUCUGAGGCCUUCCCCUUCCGUGCCAGUCGUGUCCCCUAACACCUCUGUCCAUCCCUCCAGUCUUUCUCUGCCCUUGUCUUUGGACGUUGCAAACGCAAGGAGAAGAGAUAACCAGACUCCAUCUUGGUGCAACUCACAGCGACACUACCGAGGGGCAAGACCCAUUUCUCACCCCCAGGAGCUGGAGAUGCAGGAGCGGGGACGACACCUGGAAGAGGAGAAGUCCUCCUCAGAGCACAUCAGUUUCAUUGAUGAAGAGGAGCCAGCAUUAUGAACAGCCUGUGCAAAAGAUGGCAUUCAAGUAGCAGGAAAGACAUAGGACAAGAGUUUAAAGAGGUCAGAGCAAGUGCAAGGUAAAGAAAACAAACACAGGGAACAGAAAGCUGGUCCAUUUCACACAGAAGGACAUUUGUCAGGCAGGAGAUGCUAGAAGGACAGACAGGUAAAUACAGUGUGAAGGAAUGCUUUCCUCUACAGAUCAACCACAGAAUUACAAUAGCACAAACAGUCUUAUAGCAUCAAUGAUCCAGUAGCAUGAGUCAAACACUGCAGAGCCAGAGCACAUCUGUUUAUCUCUCCAUCCUGAUGAAGCUCUAUCGCUUUUUAAUCCUAGUAGGUCUCCUCUUCAAAGGGCAGGCACAAACACAUGCAUCUCGGCAGGAAACGCGUCUUUACCCAAACUAGAUAAUCCAAGCCAACUGCACUGGGACUAAGAAUGUAAGCCCUUCAGUGGUCUCAGUCACCUCACCUGGAAGGUUCCUUUGCUUCAUCAAUGGGAUUAUUUUUGGGGGGAAUGCAGUUAUCUGCCCCUGGACUGGUUAAAAAAUACAGCUUUUUAUCGAAUAACCUCAGACUAAAUGGUUCUACAAAGUGUUUUUUACAAUGUUUCUUAUUGCCCCCUUUCACACACACACACACACACACUAAUGACAGCAGAACUGUCAUUAGUGUGGCGCCCGCACUGCAUUUGGGAACAACUUGGGGAUUCGGUGUCUUCACCAAGAAAACCUGGUGAUUUGUUUGCAGCCUGCUUUAUCACCUAAGCCACAGGUGAGCCAAGAAUCGAUUACAUGCCCAUUACACACAUUCACAAAGAAGAUGUUGAGCUUGGUUUUAACUCAGGAAUGCAAACUUGUCACAUCCUGUAAAAAAACAAAACAAAAUUAAAGCUGCAAGCAGCGAUACGAGGGCCCUCGCACCCCAUCGUGUCGAGCCACGCCCAACACCUAAAACCAGUGCGUCCGAUCUGAUGUCACAUUGAUGGAAUUCAUGCAUUUAACCACCAGCUAACAUUUCAUCUCAUUCAACCAUUAUUGUAGUCGUCCCACUAGGUGGCGCUCUAGCUAUUACUGACAAAUGGCAUAACAAACAUUUCCGAGCUCGAGUCUCAUCACGCCUGUGACCUUUGGGAGAGAUUGAACAUUGUGUUUUUGAGUGACAGCAGAUUACUGCUUUUUGGCGAGUGAUUGAAACUCCACCUGCCGCCAUGACCACCCCGUUUCCCUGAAUUCGCAAUUUAACAUCACAAAGGUCUUUAGAUAACACGUGCUUGAGAUCGGGUCAAUCUGAUGAAAUUCCUUAGAGGAGUUCGUCAAAGUAUGAGGCCUGAAAAGAGGGGAAAAUGUUGCCAAAAUUACACAUUAAUUUUAAAAUGGCUGACUUCCUGUUGGAUUUGGGAUAUUGCUCCAAGAGACUUUUUUGUACAUCUUGACAUCUCCUAUAAGCUUACCAGGUUUCAGACUCAUACAUAAAACACAGAGCAGGGGCUGUUGUUUUGAAAUUUUGUAGGGGGCGCUGUGGAGCCAUUUUGCGCUAUUCAAUGAAAAUGGUAAAAUAACAAGAAAGCGCUCAUCACAUUGGAGGUGUGUGCCAAAUUUCAAGACUUCUUAAACUUUCCAAGCCCCUCAAAAGCCACUUCAUUUUUCAUGGUGAACCGCGUUGCCACCAGGGUGCGCCGUUCAGUUUAAAGUCACAAUUUUAUCGCUGAAGCAUCAAGAGGGGCUGAUGGUGAUAUUCACCGCUUUUGAAGUGGCCACGAUGAGCCUGUGAAAAUCAGUACAACAAAGUGAAAGACAUGACAUUUCCUGUUGCCACUAGGUGGCGCUCUACGUAUUCCUGACAAUGGGCACAUCAAUCUGUUCAGGGUGGGUCUGACAUCAUCCUUGUAAAGUGUGGUUCUGAUCAGACUGGAUUUCAUUGAGUUAUACUAAUUUGUUUCUUCAUGGCGAGACAUCAAUGUUCGCCAUGCUGCUGGGGUCACACCCUUUCGCGAAAAGUCACAGUUUUCACCAUAACCCAAAACCAACUCCUUAAGGCUUUCUAGGAGAAAUUUGAGGCUGCAAAUCUCACCCAUCACAAUACUGUACCCCAAAGUGUAAAACAUGACAUUUCCUGUUCCCACUAGGUGGCGUUCUCCUUGGUGUCAAAUAUGGCAGUUGAAAUAUGUUCAGGGAUGGAGCCUUAUCAUAUGUGUGCUCUUUGGUCCAGAUCAGACAAUGUAUGACAGAAUGAGAGGCAAUAAGAUUUUCAUGGCGAGUCAUCGAAAUUCGCCGUGGCGCCACGGCCUCACAGUAUCGUGAAAACUCAAAAGCUCCGCAAUUUAACAUGGCCCAGGUGUGUAGUUGACACUGACCAAAGAUGAAGCUUAUACGACCAAAUCCCAAGGAGGAGUUCGAAAAAGUUCGAGGCAUGGAAAUGGCAAAAUUAGAGCCAAAAUGUCACGUUCACUUCCAAAUGGCGGACUUCCUGUUGGGUUUAGGACAUGGCCAUAAUAGACUUUUUUGUGCGUCUCCUAACGUUAGAUAUGUGUGCCAACUUUCAUACAUGCAAGUCAUACCCAUCUCGGGGGCUCGCGUUUUUCAUUUUUCUAGGUGGCGCUACUGAGCCAAUUUUCCCUGGACAUGUCUACGGACAUUAAAAUACGUAAAUUUUCACCAGGCCUGACGCGUGUGCAAAAUUUCAUGAGUUUUUGAGCAUGUUUAGGCCCUCAAAAGGCCGAUUCAUUUGCCGUAAUAAUAAUAAUAAUAAGAAGAAGAAGAAGAAACAGAGCAGAUACAAUAGGGCCUUCGCACUUUUGUGCUCGGGCCCUAAAAACUGACAUUCUGAAUCCACAGACAAUAUAAAAGAUCGAUGCAGCCACUGUGACCUUAUCCCCAGGUUUGUGAAGUCCUGCUUUGAAGUCUUGAGAUGAGUCAUCUCGGCUUUUGGGAACUGAACAUAACAAGCAAGUGGCAGUUCUGACUGUGAAACCACGUGCUCACUGACUUGUCAGCUACCCCAGGGAAUCCUAUUGACUCUUAGAAUGACCACAAUUUCUAAAAAGUUCUUUAUAGAAUUAUUACUUUUAUACAAUUUAUAUAAAAGUAUUAAUGUAGAGUCUUUACCUUACAAUAUAGAGGGCCUUGAGGUUCACAGAGUUCAAGCAUGAUUAUUAUUUUCUGACACUAGCACCAAAAGUCUGCGCAACCACAGCUAUCGCCCCAUGGUGGCCAUUAGAAAGAAUGCAGGUUUAGGUUUUCUUCUGCGUUAGCGUCAUUUCUCAUACCGUCCACGUCUGAAUCCAGAAUAGAUCUAUUGGGUGAUUCGUGUAGAUCCAAAGAAGGUGGGUGGCGUUUGCCUUCAAGGUUUUCUGCCAGAAACUGUGUACCUUCCUCCAAACCCUUCGAUCAGGAACUAACUGAAUCAAAGGAGGAUUCAGCAAGUCACAUCCUUUUUCGUUCAUAGAAAGAUCCAGAGGAUCAUUUUUCUUCAUAUAAUAAUAAUAGAUUACUAUGUAGUCAAAGUACUACUGUAUACUGUGUCCAUAAAGACUAAAUACAAACCAGAAUGUAAGUGUUAAAAUUAACAACCUAACCACUGCUUGUUAACGCAAAUAUCUAGUCAACCAAUCACAUGGCAGCAACUCAAUGCAUUUAGACAUGCAGACCUGCUGAAUUUCAGACUAUUUCAGAAACUGUUGAUCCACUGGGACUUCCCCACGUUUACAGAAAAUGGCAAGAAAGAGACGACUGCGUGAAAAACAGUUCUUGAUGAAAGAGUUCACAGAAGAAUGGCCAGACUGCCUCAAUCUGAUAGAAUCAAUCUGCACAAUACAUGAAACCAUGAAGCAGGUGCAGAAGAUUACUCCUGUCAGCCAAGAACAGGAAACUGAUUCUAUAAUUCCCAAAAGCUCACCAAAAUUGGAUAGCAGAAGAUUAAUAAAAAUGUUGCCUGGUCUCUGGUCUAACAGUAAAACUUGACAAUGGCUGAAUACUUGUUUCUUCUGUUGGCUGCUGAAGAGAAGAGGUCUUCCAGAACACUUUAAGUAUAGUUAUUUAACUGAAAUGGGCCGAUAUUGCUGAUGUAGCUAAAUGCAACAUUUACAGUUGCCUCUAUAUGGACAAAAUGAAAUUCAGUUCUAUUAAAACAAACAACACGAGGAAUGCAUGAACCAGAAAAACAGACUACUAGUUUGGGUAAACAUAAUGUGGUUUAGGAGGGGUAACCAUUCAAAGGAUAGCUAGUUUAAGGGAGGGAGGGGGUCUAAAGCAGAUCGUGUCAGACAAUUAUCAACUGAACUCCACCAGUAUAAGAUAAACCAGUCUCAUUCUACAUUAUAAAUCAUCCUGUGCUACUCUAAUAGAAUCCAAGAACUUUAUUACAGAUACUAUCUGGUUGUAUUUCAGAAUAAAAUAAGCGGAGAGCUUUGCACUGCUGGUUAAGCAGAUUGAGGCCGGUGUAGGAACUCUGAGAACUUUGAAAAGACAUUCGUGGACAAAGGUGUAGGGAAAAGCUAACAUCAAACAUUACCCCUGUGUCACUGUUCAUCAGCAUCAUGAUGCUGUUGACAAGCAGCCUAUCAGCUCAUAUCUCAAGCAGGCUACUUUCAUUCUAGGGUGUGGACAUCCUUACAUCAGCUAUAAUCAACCUAAUCUUAAAGUUAGCAGUCAUAAUGUUCGUCUUUUGGGGAAGGGGCUGUCUUUCUGGGGAAUUCUUGUCACAUUGUUUCACUCUCGAUGAGUUUGCAUCCACAUUUUCUUUCCAGACCAAAAGAAUUUGAGCACAGUUACGAGUGGUCACUUUGGAAAAGUGUAGGCGAGUGUUUGGAUUGUAUGCCAAAGAGAGAAGACAGAUUUGUGGACAAAGUGUAGGGAAAAGCUAAUAUCAAACACUACCCCUGUAUCACUGUUCAUCAUUAUGAUGACUGUUGACAACCAGCCUAUCAGAUUGUAUAUCAAACUCCCACAUCACCCCUGAGCUUUAGCCAUUAGCCAUUCGUGCCUUCUCCAUACAGACAUUGAUUUCCCUAAAGUUCUUCACCUGUCGAUUACAGGCAAACAUCUGGAUCGAAAUUUACACAGAAAGCCAUCAUCUAUGGGGAACACUUGCACCUUUAUCUAAAACGUAUUGUAUUUAUUUAUUUAAUAUGGCUGUGUAUGUAUUUAUUUUUGCUGAAAAAGCGCCGAGGAAAUAUUCUGCAUGUCUGGACGAUGUAACAAAAACAGACUGUGGAGGAAGGUUUGCUUUCUAAACGUCUAACUGGAUGCUUUCCAGAGCGAGUGAGCGAAACCUUCCCCGAGUUCAUAUGUAGCACACACAUUCUUCAUCUCUUAUUCCUCCAAUGACUUCAUGUUGGUAUGUGAAAGCAGCCAAACCCUAAAACUACAACAUCCAGGCUGCAUCAAGCUGGAGGUCUCAGGACUUUUUUUUUUUUUUUUGGCUUUGUGAGGUGCUUUAGGACCAUGUUACUUGUAUAUAUAUAUGAACAGUCAGAUUUCUGGCUUUUAUUUUCUUUAAUGGGAGCAAGGGAGGUGGUGACUAACUGGACUCUUUACACUUUCACAAAGAUUUACUAAGCAAGAACUGGUGGCUGGGGAGGGUACCUAAAAGGUUUUAAUUCAAUGCAUGUCAAAACUUCUUUUUAUUUUCUUUUUUGCAUGAGAAAUGUGCCUGCUUUGAACUAUCCAGAGCAGAGGGCUCAUGGGAGUAGAAACCAGCCUGCCCAAUUGAAGGCUGUUUGCUUACAAAUGUAUUUUAUUAAAGACUGCUGUUACAUUAAAAAAAAAAAAACAUUAACAAGGAUUACAUACUGUAUAACAAUAAAGAAGUGUUGUUUUGUAAGCUCUCCGUCUCUUGUGUUUCUCUUGGGAACUAAUAUUCACGUAACUGAGGUAAAUGGCUAUUCUCUAAGAAGUAAACUGUAAAUAAUAUUUUUUAAGCCACUUUCCAAGUUUCAGCUAGAGUAUAUUCUGAUUCAGUUGCCUCAAAAACUCGUCCCUAUUUUUUUUUCUUCCUUUUUGAUAAAUUAAGUAUUUAUGUUUUAUUAAACAAAAUAUUUAUUCAAGUAAAGCCAUCAAAUAUGGUUCUGUUAUGAUGUCAGCAUUAAAAUUAUAAACAUGUGCCCCUUGGGCUGAAAGUGUCAGCAGCUGUAAGUGUAAAAGUGGGCUUCUCACAGAAAACCAACAGGGGCUCCAUGCAGGACUCCAAUCUUUGUGCCUCAGGUAAUCAUCCAGUUUUCAUUUGAAGUAGCCCCAUUUGUUUCUGACACCCACUGAACUAAGAACAAGAACACUUGUGGCUGUUCUCCUCACUGCAUGCUUAAUAACACAUUUUGAAGUUGCUAGUGCUAAAAGCUUCCCAAUUGCUCAAAAUCCCUAAAAUAAAUUUAUGGUUCUUCUACUCUUUAACAACCCAAAUUUGCCCACAGACUAAUGGCUAAUAUGGCAAAUAGCUUAAAUUAUUAUAAUGUGUACACGUGGGUAAAAGGCCACAUCCAACUAGGCUUGUAUUUAUUAUUUAUGCUUUAUCAGCCUUCAUAACACCUGUGGGGUUGUCAGUGACCAGGUUAGGUUUUUCUUUUUGCUGCAUGCUAAAUCGGUACAUUUUCAAAUGAAGUAUCACACACUUUGGGAUUACAGGUAUUCUGUUAAAAGCUUGAGUGUUUCAAACAGAUGACGGUUCAAACUGGCACCUUGUGUUUUCUUUGGCCUAGAAUGCUACCAGUGCCUACAUGUUUAAAUUAUCUUAUGCAGAAAAUGAAGCGUUGACUUGCUGUGUAGUGACUCCAGUUUAAACUUUGCAGAUGUCAGUUCUUUGGAUAACACAGUUAAGCCCAAACAGAACAGUGUUACACAGUUACUGGAAGGUUUAAAAGGUAAAACUGACAACCUUACAGGAUCUGUUUUAUACAAAUUACAUGGCAACUAAUGGUAAUUUUUAUACGCAUACAAUUGCAAAUAUAAAACUACAAAGGAAACUUUACUAACAGAUUGCAUUUUUGCGUACUUGACAGCUGUCUGUACCACUGAUUUGCGUUAAUAGGUGUAAUAUAUAAUUGUAGGAAUAAAAUUAAAUGAAUCAUUACCUGAACCGAGAAGAACAGAAAACUCAUGGAUUAGUGUUUUACACAUUAAAUAAAGCUCAUAGCACAUGCCUCAUUAACACAUGUAUAUGUGCACUUUUCUAUGCUUUUGCUACCAAAGUGCUUUCUAUCAAACAUUCAUUUGGAUUCAUUGGAGAGCAACUUUGGUUUAGCAUCUUGCCCAGUGAUAUUUGGCAUGCGGCCAGUGAUUGAACCACUUAUGAUCAGCAGACGCCCGGCUCUACAGCCACCUCAUCUGUGAGUUGAGUUUUGGAAGCACCAAAUACGGCAAUUUCAAAGGAUAUUGUUCUUAAAGUUUGGAGUUUGCAAACCUAAGCUGUGCUGCCAUGUUCUUCAUGGAGUGAAGAGGCUUUCUCCUUUCCAAACCAGCCGUAGCUGUUCUUUUGGGGGGUUUUUUCUAUUUAAUAUGGAUGUGGAGUCUGAGACCUUGGCUUGAAUUUGCUGGGAC